GCGUCUGUGGCCCAUCUGGAAAACCACUACGCCGACCUCUCCAAGAAGCCCUUCUUCGCCGGUCUGGUGAAGUACAUGGCCUCCGGCCCCGUCGUAGCUAUGGUCUGGGAGGGUUUGAACGCUGUAAAGACUGGCCGUGUUAUGCUGGGAGAGACCAACCCUGCUGACAGCAAACCCGGCACCAUCAGAGGAGAUUACGCUAUCCAUGUUGGACGUAACAUCUGCCACGGCUCUGACGCAGUUGAAUCUGCACAGAAGGAGAUUGCUCUGUGGUUUAAGCCUGAGGAGCUCACUAGCUGGGAACCUGCCCAGAACCCAUGGAUCUACGAAUAGAUGGAGUAACUUCAGUCCAUAGAGCUACGAAAACCUGCGUCCAUGGAUCUUCGACAACAGUCCCUUUUCUAGAUAUCUAGUGACAAUCAAGCCUGGUCUGAACACACAAAUAUGUAAUUUUUAAACUUUUAAAAAUAAAAUAUUUUCCAUUUUA